GGGACUCCAAUCCACAACCACACGGCGGGACUUUCUUGUCGUAACCUGAACUGUGCGGAAUUAUUAAAUAGAAAAAGACUCUUGUUGGAGUGAAAUUAACUUGUGUUCGUGGUUGUUUUAUUUAAGGAAAAUGCAGAGGUAAAAGGAGGUAGUUCCUCUUCAUUAACAGAUGGAGUCACUCAAGCCCAGUGCUGAGGUUCGUCUUGCAGUAUCUCACUGUUUCCAGACACUAAGUAAAUCCACAGAUAGUAAAGACAUCCCCGCUGCUCUUCAAAAGCUCAACUCCUACUUGGAUGAAGGGCCAGAGAGUCCAACCACUUCAGUUCAUCGAGCAGAAUUCAGAAGGACUCACUUCACUCGUAGCCUUCAGUUCCUUGUCAACAACAUUCAGGCUGACUGGUUCCACAAGCUCACAGCAACUCAACGCACAGAAUUAUGGGACAGCCUGUUCCUCAGAGGUCCUCCAGAGCAGGCGCUGCUGGUGCUAAUGGAGGGAAUAGGGCAGCUGAGCCUGAGCUCAGGUCUGGACCACUUGGUUAACAUCACUGAGAAGUUCCUUCAGAGUGGUCGUCUCACUGAUCUACUGUGGUCCUACUGUCUGGAGACUGCUCCCUCUGACUCCCCCCAGCUCAGAGAGACUCUACUGGGGCGUAUAGUGGCGCUGCCAGAUCUUACUGCCAACAGGUUACAUCCCAACAACAAGCCUCUGUUUCUUCCUCAGCAGUACUACCCACUACUUGCUGCAGAAAUGCUCACUGCCCUUGACCGGACCUGUCAGGCACUAAAAGAUGGUACUGACUGUUCGCUGACUUUUAUGGCUCAGACUCUUGGAAAAGUGUGUAUCCAGGGCCAUAGUACUGUGGUGUUGGCGGUACUGGUUCCCCAUCUGUCUAUGUGCACAUGUUCUGAUAUGGUGUGGCAGAGGAUUUGCUGGAAGCUGCUUGAGAAUGUCCCACAGCGUUGGAUGGAUAGUGUACUCACCGGACUGGUGGAGGCUGUCAGAGGGCCUGAUGCCUUAGGGAGGAUCAUUGGGAAUCUAGUGUUAACAAAUAAAAAGGCCCAGUUUGUUAUCACUCAUAAACUGCUCUUAUUACAGUAUAAGUAUGAGACUCAAACCUUGAGAGUUGUCCUGGGAUACCUUGCAGCAGAUAGGGAUCGGCGUCCACUGCUCAUACAAGUGUUGCGGUCAUUGUCCCAGGCAUGGGCAAAUCCCAGUGCUGUGAAACACACACCUGUAGAGCAGCAGUUGUAUGUCAGUAAGGCCUUAUUGCUCAGUGUUGCUCUACUAAAAGACUCUGAGCUACUGGAGCUACGAUCAGAGCUCCUUCAGUGUCUGCUGGGCGGCAUGCAGAGUCACCUGGACAGCAGUGUGCUGCGCAUCAGACGCAUGGGGAUGGUGGUGGGAGAGUGUCUGAGCUCCCGCAUGGACAUCAGUGGUACCAAACUCAAAUUUGAGUAUGAUCAAGAUGAGGAAACCCAGGAGCUGCUAUCUUUAAUAACUCACACAACUGGUGAAGACACAGAACCUGAUCUGAAUACCAGAGUUGACUCUCCUCAAGAGACUAAUCAGGAAACUGCAUCUGGUCAAAAUGUGUCAUCCCAAAAUCCGUCUAAAUGUCAGCCGUCAUGCACUGAUCCAGAUUCUGACUUGGAUAGCGAUGAUGAGCUCACGCCGUACGACAUGUCUGGGGAUCAAGAGAUCAGUCAAGCAUCCCCACCGCGCUAUAUACGAGACUGUCUGGAAACUUUGAUUUCCUCUGAGGACCCCGUACGAGUGGAGCUCAGUUUGAAAGCUGCUGAGGGUUUGGUGAGGAGAAACGUCUUUGCAACCAAAGAGAUCAGUGUUCAGCUGACCAAAGUGCUUCUUCAUAUGGAGGAUAAAUACAGCAUAAAAAGCUUCGUGGCCCUCAGACAGUCGACUAUGGUGGCGAUUGUUGUCACUGACUGCAUCCCUGUGACGCAGUAUUUGACCACAGAGUUUUACUCCUUAAACUACAGUCUUCGCCAACGGCUAGACAUUUUAGAGGUCCUUGCUCUGGCAGCUCAAGAGCUCUCCAAACCGACUAGUAACAAGAGCCGUCCUCCCAUCACUGCUGUCGCUGAUUUGACUCCAUACCCUGGUGAUAACCCUGUCCACUGGAGGCAAAUAGUAGAGAAACGGAUUCAAAGCAAAACCAAGCGCCUCAGUAAGGGCGCCACACAAACUCCAGCUGUGGCCUCUCCAAACCGUUACGCCCCUGUAGCAGGACACUUCUUUUUUCCUCUGCUCAGCAAUUAUGACAAGCCUCAAGUGACCUUUGACCUGCUGGGCAGUGACCACCUCGUGUUAGGACGGUUGAUCCACACCUUGGGCCUCUUCAUGCAUCUUGCAGUCAAUGCACCGAUAGCUGCACAGAUGGGUCGUGCUUUGCUGGACUUUGUGUGGGCAGUUCGUUACCAUGUCGAUCAGACGGUGAGACGAGGUGUCCUGUUUGCCGUCUGUGCUGUGUUUAUCAGCAUGCCCAGUCAAAACCUGUUAGUGGACCUCAGUGAUCAGCUUUUUGAGACCAGAUCUUGGCUUGCAGAUGUGGCUGAGGAGGACCCUGAUGCGGAUUGUCGCAGUCUGGCUGUGCAGAGUCUGGUGCUGCUUGAUAAGAGCCUGAAGAAACAGCUGCAAGAUCCACAAGCACCAAGUCUGGAGUCAGGAUCAUAGGAUCAACAGCAGACAAUGAACUAAAGCCUAAUUGUUUGUUGUGGGAUCAGUUACUCCAACUCCACCUACUCACUGAGGAACUGGAAACUCACACUGAGGAACUGACUGGAAACUGGAGUAUUGUAGGAAUGAUGUUCCGGAUAUUUGUGGUCAGUAGGACAAGAAUGACGGAAAUGGAUGAUCCCAGACACUGAAGGAUGUCCUUUCAGCUGCAGGUGCUGCAGAUUUUUUCAUAUCCUGGAACACACAGCCAACCAGAGGAAAAGGAUGGCACAAGUCUUCACACACAUCUAUGCCUGCACGUCUCUGCAUAUUAUCACCUUCUUAAAAUAAGAAUCGACGUCAUCAUUUUCAAGUUUAAAAAAAACAAAAUAUCAUAUGUAUAUUAAAAAAAAAUUCAAAAUUAUGCCAUUAGUUUAAGAAGGUGAUGAUAUCUAGUCAUGGAGAUGCCCAAAGUGGAGAUGAAACUGUUAAAUGUUGAUGAAAUGUUACUGUUAGAUGAAUUAUGUACACAAAUGAAGUGAAGCAACAGAAUUCUGUUUGUUGACAAAUUAUGUGCAUAUUAUGAGGAUAUCUUUCAAACUCUUUGCUACAGGAACAUUUCUGCGCUGUAGUGUGUUUGAAGAGGACAUCCUGUGAACACAUAAAUAAAAGAAAUAGCACUA